AUGGGUCGCCGUGGGAAAGGUCCAAAGACUAACCAAACCAAGAACUUAGCACCUGAAAAGGAAAGAUUUAUCCAAUGUUGUAGUGAUGUCACCUUAGAAUUGACGCAAUCAUUAACAAAUGGGUCGACGAGAGAAAUCAAUUUGAAUGGAUUGAUCACCAAAUAUUCAAAGAAAUAUAAAUUGAAACAACAACCAAGACUAACUGAUAUUAUCAACUCCAUACCUGACCAAUAUAAGAAGUAUCUUCUACCCAAAUUAAGAGCCAAACCCGUCAGAACUGCUUCUGGUAUUGCUGUAGUUGCUGUUAUGUGUAAGCCACAUCGUUGUCCUCAUAUUGCCUAUACCGGUAAUAUCUGUGUUUAUUGCCCUGGUGGUCCUGAUUCCGAUUUUGAAUAUUCAACACAAUCUUAUACUGGUUAUGAGCCAACAUCCAUGCGUGCUAUUAGGGCAAGAUAUGACCCAUAUGAACAGGCACGUGGAAGAGUAGAACAAUUGAAACAAUUAGGUCAUUCUAUUGAUAAAGUUGAAUAUGUUAUCAUGGGUGGUACUUUUAUGUCAUUGCCCACUGAAUAUCGUGAAGAUUUUAUUACCCAAUUACAUAAUGCACUAUCUGGGUUUAAUGGUCAUGAUUUAGAUGAAGCUAUCCGUUACUCUCAACAAAGUUUGACCAAGUGUGUAGGUAUCACUAUUGAAACUAGACCAGAUUAUUGUACACAGACCCAUUUAGAUGAUAUGUUAAGGUAUGGCUGUACCAGAUUGGAGAUUGGUGUCCAGUCUGUAUACGAGGAUGUGGCAAGAGAUACAAACAGAGGCCAUACUGUGAAAGCUGUCUCAGAGAUCUUUUGUCUGGCUAAAGAUGCUGGGUAUAAAGUAGUUGCACAUAUGAUGCCAGAUUUACCUAAUGUUGGUAUGGAAAGAGAUUUGGAACAAUUCAAAGAGUAUUUCGAGAACCCUGCAUUCAGGACUGAUGGGUUAAAAAUAUAUCCAACUUUAGUUAUUAGAGGUACUGGGUUAUAUGAAUUAUGGAAGACGGGUAGAUAUAAAUCAUAUAAUGCUAAUGCAUUAGUUGACCUUGUAGCAAGGAUACUUGCACUAGUGCCCCCAUGGACGAGAAUCUAUCGUGUCCAAAGAGAUAUUCCAAUGCCAUUGGUGACAUCUGGUGUGGAUAAUGGUAAUCUAAGAGAAUUGGCAUUAGCUAGAAUGAAAGAUUUUGGUACCACAUGUAGAGAUGUUCGUACCAGAGAAGUUGGUAUCCAAGAAGUGCAUCAUAAAGUAUCACCAGAUCAAGUAGAACUCAUUAGAAGGGAUUAUUAUGCAAAUGGUGGAUGGGAAACCUUCUUGUCAUAUGAGGAUCCAAAGAAAGAUAUAUUGAUUGGCUUAUUAAGAUUAAGGAAAUGCUCAUCUAAGUAUACAUAUCGUAAGGAGUUUACAUCACAGAGAACAUCUAUAGUUAGAGAAUUGCACGUUUAUGGUUCUGUAGUACCACUACAUUCAAGGGACCCAAGAAAAUUCCAACAUCAAGGUUUUGGUACGUUAUUGAUGGAAGAAGCAGAAAGAAUUGCUAGAGAGGAGCAUGGUAGUGAGAAAUUAUCCGUCAUAUCGGGUGUUGGUGUCAGAAAUUAUUAUGCAAAAUUAGGAUAUGAAUUGGAUGGCCCAUAUAUGUCCAAACGUAUUGUUUAA